AUCGCAACCCGGAGUCCGGAUCCGAUCCCGCUCAGCACUUUACAAAGGCAGGUGUGGGCCAUGGCUGAGGAUGGCAGCGAUGAGAUCAUGUUCAUCUGGUGUGAAGAUUGCAGCCAGUACCAUGACUCUGAGUGUCCUGAGCUGGGCCCCGUGGUCAUGGUCAAGGACUCCUUUGUGCUGAGCAGGGCCAGGUCCUCCCUCCCCUCUAACCUGGAGAUCAGACGCCUCGAUGAUGGGGCAGAAGGUGUGUUUGCUGUAACCCAGCUUGUCAAGAGAACACAGUUUGGCCCAUUUGAAUCCAGGAGGGUCGCCAAGUGGGAAAAGGAGUCCGCAUUUCCCCUGAAGGUGUUCCAGAAGGGUGGGCACCCCGUGUGCUUUGACACCUCCAACGAGGACGACUGCAACUGGAUGAUGCUUGUUCGGCCGGCGCUGGAGCCCGGGCACCAGAACCUGACCGCCUACCAGCAUGGCAGUGACGUGUACUUCACCACCUCAAGGGACAUCCCCCCGGGCACUGAGCUGCGCGUGUGGUAUGCCGCCUUUUAUGCCAAGAAGAUGGACAAGCCCAUGCUGAAGCAAGCCUGCUCCAGCGUUCCGGCUCCAGGCCCCCCUGAGCCCAGUGCCCCUGUGGAGCCCGAGCGUGGCCAGUGGGCAUGUAAGGUGUGCUCCAGCUCCUUCCUGGAGCUGCAGCUCCUGAACGAACAUCUUUUGAGCCACCUGGAGCAAGCCAAAAGCCUUCCUGCAGGUGGCCAGCACGAGGCAGCUCCGGAGAAGGAGCCGGACGCACCCCAGGGAGAGCCUCCCGCCGCAGCGGAGAGUGGGAGCGGCCAGGGUGUCAGGGCCACCAAAGAGCCCAAGCAAAAGCCUCGAAGGGGGAGAAAACCCAAAGCGUCCAAAGCCGAGCAGCCCCUGGUCAUCGUUGAGGACAAGGCGCCUGCAGAGCAAGUGGCAGAGAUUGUCACCGAGGUCCCGCCUGAUGAGCCUGGGCAUGCAGGUGCCACCUCCGAUGAGCGGAUCAUGGAGCUGGUCCUAGGGAAGCUGUCCACCCCCACCAACGACGUCAGCUCGGGGCCCAAGUUCACGCAUCACACCAGCAGCACGAUCGCCCUCAAGAGGGGCUUGGUUCUGUCCAGCAGGCACGGCGUCCGGCGGAAGCUCGUCCGGCAGCUGGGGGAGCACAAGCGGGUGCACCAGUGCGGCACCUGCAGCAAGGUCUUCCAGAACAGCAGCAACCUGAGCCGGCACGUGCGCUCGCACGGUGACAAGCUGUUUAAGUGUGAGGAGUGUGCAAAGCUCUUCAGCCGCAAGGAGAGUCUGAAGCAGCACGUCUCGUACAAGCACAGCAGGAAUGAGGUGGACGGCGACUACCGCUACCGCUGCGGCAGCUGCGGGAAGACCUUCCGCAUGGAGAGCGCGCUGGAGUUUCACAACUGCAGGACAGAUGACAAGACGUUCCAAUGUGAGAUGUGUUUCAGAUUCUUCUCCACCAACAGCAACCUCUCCAAGCACAAGAAGAAGCACGGGGACAAGAAGUUCGCCUGCGAGGUCUGCAGCAAGAUGUUCUACCGCAAGGACGUCAUGCUGGACCACCAGCGGCGGCACCUGGAGGGCGUGCGGCGGGUAAAGAGAGAAGACUCAGAGGCCAGUGGGGAGAGCCUGGUCCGCUACAAGAAGGAGCCUUCAGGGUGCCCCGUGUGUGGCAAGGUGUUCUCAUGCCGGAGCAACAUGAACAAGCACUUACUGACUCACGGCGACAAGAAGUACACCUGCGAGAUCUGCGGGCGCAAGUUCUUCCGCGUGGACGUGCUCAGGGACCACAUCCACGUCCACUUCAAGGACAUUGCUCUGAUGGAUGACCACCAGCGGGAGGAGUUCAUCGGCAAGAUUGGGAUCUCCUCCGAGGAGAAUGACGACAACUCGGAUGAGAGCGCAGACUCGGAGCCGCACAAGUACGGCUGCAAGAGGUGUCAGCUCACCUUCGGCCGUGGCAAGGAGUACUUGAAGCACAUCAUGGACGUGCACAAGGAGAAGGGCCACGGCUGCAGCAUCUGCCACCGGCGCUUCGCCCUCAAAGCCACCUACCACGCCCACAUGGUCAUCCACCGCGAGAACCUGCCCGACCCCAACGUGCAGAAAUACAUCCACCCCUGUGAGAUCUGUGGGCGAAUCUUCAACAGCAUCGGGAACUUGGAGCGCCACAAGCUCAUCCACACAGGUGUGAAAAGCCACGCCUGUGAGCAGUGCGGCAAGUCCUUUGCCAGGAAGGACAUGCUCAAGGAGCACAUGCGCGUGCACGACAACGUCCGCCAGUACCUGUGCGCCGAGUGCGGGAAAGGGAUGAAGACCAAGCACGCACUGCGCCACCACAUGAAGCUGCACAAGGGCAUCAAGGAGUACGAGUGCAAGGAGUGCCACCGCAAGUUCGCGCAGAAGGUCAACAUGCUCAAGCACUACAAGCGGCACACGGGAAUUAAAGACUUCAUGUGUGAAUUGUGUGGAAAGACUUUCAGUGAGAGGAACACCAUGGAGACCCACAAGCUCAUCCACACAGUCGGUAAACAGUGGACGUGCUCUGUGUGUGACAGGAAGUAUGUCACCGAGUACAUGCUGCAGAAGCACGUGCAGCUCACCCACGACAAGGUGGAGGCGCAGAGCUGCCAGCUGUGCGGCACCAAAGUGUCCACCCGGGCCUCCAUGAGCAGACACAUGCGGCGCAAGCACCCCGAGGUCCUCACCGUGCGGAUCGACGACCUGGACCACCUUCCCGAAACUACCACCAUCGACGCUUCCUCCAUCGGCAUCGUCCAGCCUGAGCUGGGCCUGGAGCAGGAAGAGCUGGCUGAGGGAAAGCAUGGAAAGUCCUCCAAGCGCGGCCACAAGAGAAAACAGAAGCUGGAGGAGGAGGCAGGGGCUCCGGGGCCCGAGGACCCCUCCUUCGGCGAGUACUCCGAGAAAGAGCCCGAAUUCACGGGCAGCGUGGGCGACGAGACCAACUCCGCCGUGCAGAGCAUCCAGCAGGUGGUGGUGACCCUCGGGGACCCCAACGUGACUACCCCUUCAAGCUCCGUUGGCCUGACCAACAUCACCGUGACUCCCAUCACCACCGCAGCCGGGACCCAGUUUACCAAUCUGCAGCCAGUGGCUGUGGGGCAUCUCACCACCCCCGAACGCCAGUUACAGCUGGAUAAUUCCAUCCUGACUGUGACCUUCGACACCGUCAGUGGCUCUGCCAUGUUGCACAACCGCCAAAACGACGUGCAGCUCCACCCCCAGCCAGAAGCCUCGAACCCACAGUCUGUGGCUCACUUCAUCAACCUGACCACCCUGGUGAACUCCAUCACACCCCUGGGGAACCAGCUCGGUGAGCAGCACCCGCUGGCGUGGCGGGCAGUGCCCCAGACGGACGUGCUGCAGCCCUCGCCGGCACCCGCGGCCCCGCAGCCGGCCGCCCAGCCCCAGGUGCCGAGCGAGCAGCAGAUGUACACCUACUGAGACGCAGGGCGCCCUGGGGCCCCCGCGGCGUGUUUGCUGGAGACCAAACGGGACACAGGGCACAGCUGCAAUGUCACGGAGGCGGAAUCUGCCUCCAGAUUGCCCAGCACUGACAGUCUUGUCAGUUUCGCUGGUGAAGUGACCCUUGGCAGGCAGGUGCUUGGAGCUCUGGAGUUCCACCAUGCGCCUUACCAAGGCUGUGUGCUCUGGCCAGACCACAGCCCCAUCGUUGGAACUGGGUGGUUGUCAGAGGGCUCAUGCAAAGGAUGCAAGAGAGAAGCAGGAUCCUGGAGACGAGGCGGAGAUGCUGAGGACCCAGGUGGUUCGUUUCUACUGUCUUUCGAGCUCUGCUGUCUGUGGACACAAACGGUAUUCAGGCAGCUCUCCCACAUCAAUGAACCAGGCUCUCCACCCUCCUGGAUGUCGUUAGCAAGUGAGCAGGGAGAAGUUAACCAAAACCUGAGCUGAGUCCAGUUGUCACAGAGCUGUGGGCUGAGGCCGUGUGUGAGUGCUGUGGCCCUGGCCUCACGGUAAGCAAGGGGUCACAUGAGGCCAUCAGCUCAGGGCAUGAAAAGCAUCAAAGGAAGUAUCGAUCGGUCAAUUUUGAGUAUAGUUCUUUCAUUUUCUUUCCACUUUACGUCCAACAUAUGUUAUGUAUUCAAGACCCUCCAAUGGCCAAUAUUAUUUUUUACCUUGAUAUGAUAAAGUCGUUUGCACUGUAGGACUGUCAGCCCCUGUCCAGCUGCCUGGGUGUGGAGACACGGGUGUGUGAGUAGCGAGCCCUCUUGUGUUCGUCCCCAAAGGUUCCUUCCACACUGUCUCAGGACUCUGUCAUCCAAGUGUAUUUAUUGUGACCGGAGUUCAGCCACAGCCCUGAAUGGAAGGACAGGGAAGGAACCCAUGUUUUCUUUCUAAGCCUUAAUUCCAAAGGUGAUUGUGUCUGAAGACCUGAUUUCAUAUCAGAAUGUAGGAUGAGUUUGCUCCGUGCAGGGGAGACCAGGUGUGUCCUGCUGGUGGGACAAGAGCAGAGGUGACCACAGCAGAAGCACAAAUGGUCCACACAGGUGUGUGCCGGCUACUGCCCUGCCCCCAGGCUCUGCUCGUGUCCGCAGUCCCCUAGCAUGGGGACACAAAGAGGUGAGGGGAGAGGAGUGAGGGUGAGCUUGCUUUACUUUGCCUGUUAGUACAUGCGGAAGGCCACCCUGCAGACACCCCAGCCUUCCAGCAGUGGGCAGAGGAAGCCAUCGCUAGCCCAAUGUUACCCGGAAGGCCUCAGGGUGGUAUGUGUCAGAUGAGACAAUACCUUCUCAGCACUUCACUUCAUUUUAGAAAGCAAGCUUUUGAGGACGAGGCUAGAAGUUGUUUUGUGCAAUGCGUGCCUUGUGGAGCUAAGGGACCGUUCCUCACGCCCAGUGCGGGCGAGAGUGCAGAGACCUUGGCCCUCACGCCCUCCAAGUCCACACGCUGUAGUCUUGCCCCUCCGUGGAAUGUGUAGUGGGAGAUCCUUGAACGUUUUUAAUUUAUGACAGUUAAUGUUUUAUGUUAUUUAUGUCUGUAAUGAACUACUUUAUACACAGUACCUUCAUCAAAUGAACAUGGGCUAGGAAUGAGUCCUUUUUAAAAACUUGGCCUUCAUCCUCCAAAUCCAAGUAAUGUAGGCAGUUGUGGAACAAUCAGGGGAUCCCAGGUUCCUAUAAUAGUUUUAAAAACUCAGUGACAGUUCACUCUUGGCGUUUGCAGAUUCUUACGAGCAAGUGACCUGCCUAAAGAUUGACAUUGGCCCUGGGCUCAAUUCAUUACCUGCUAGUAUUUCAUUUUUAUUCUCUUCCCUAUGAAAUAAAGUCCUGUGAGUUUUUUUUUUUUUUUAAGACAUUGCUCUUGUGCCUCUAGCCAGAGUGUAUCAAAUGUUCUUAAAGAACCAAAUUCAGGUUGUGUGACCCCGUGGGCUACUGCUGUUGGCUUAAAUGCACAGAGGCAUCCUACUUGCUGGUGGAAGUCACGUGCUCCUGCCAGGGUUCUUGUCUGAGGGAAAACAGGUGGUCUCAAAGCAGGUGCUACUAAUCGGCAUUUAAGAAGUUAGCAUAAUGAAGGCACUGCUCAGUCAUGAGCACCUCCACUCUCCGUCCUUCUGCGUAUGUCACCUGUGUUCCGUGUCCUCCACUGUACAUCCCUCUGCAUCUAGAACCACUGCUUAUUGGUGGGAGGCAUUUAUUUUAUUUUAUUUUUUUAACCUGAUCCAGGGUGCACAGAUGCACAGCUCUGUGCCCAGCAAGCCCCGUGACUCCAUCUUGCUGCUUCUGCAUUAAUGAGUCUUGUGAGUUUGGUUUCUACUUGUGGACGGUGAAGCUAUAGGUCACGUGCCAUAGGGUGACCUGAUCCUUGCAAGUGGGGCACAGGGCCAGCCUCUGGUAGAGGAUUGUCAGCCCCAGAUUAAGGGCCCUGGCCUCUGGAAUGGCUAGUGUGUGCCCUCUCCCAUGUCCCGAGAAAGCCACACAUUGCAAAAGGCAGAUUUUACUUCCUUUCAUGGUUUUUCCCCAGCCAGUACCCAAAGGCAGAGGCUUACUGCUUCCCAGCUAGAGGCGACGCCUGUGACUCCUGGGGGUGAGAGAUGUCAAGACUGUUCUGCUCUGAGGGUGUUCUGUGUCACCACGUGUGUAGGACGGUGAAUAAAAGGUGCUGUGACCUGUGUU